AUGAGUAGACAGUUCAACAAUCGGAGAGGUGGACCACCUCCUCCGGUCAACCCUUCAUCACUACCUAAUGGUGCACCAGCAGCACCUCAACAAUCAAUGAUCAACUCUGACGACAAUGUUAUAAGUCCAUCAAAGCGCAAGGAGACCAUAAGAAUAGGUGAAUAUGCAUUGGGAGAGAAGAUUGGUAAAGGUGCAUAUGGACAGGUGUUCAAAGGUUUGAACUCAAAGACAGGCGACUUUGUAGCAAUUAAACAGAUUGAUCGUAUAAAGAUUGACUCGGCAACGUUGCAGUCGGUAAAGAGUGAGGUGGAGAUACUGCAGAAGCUAAAUCAUAAUAAUAUUGUAAAGGUGCUGGGCUGCGUAGAGACGCAGUCGCAACUCAACUUCAUCUUGGAGUACGUCGAGAAUGGCAGUCUGCGCGACGUGCUCGAGAAGUUUGGCCCGCUGAGCGAGGAGCUGGCCACGCUGUAUCUCUACCAGCUGCUGCAGGGCCUGGCCUACCUGCACUCGAACCGCAUCAUUCACCGCGACAUCAAGUGCUCCAACGUGCUGAUCACCAAGGAGGGCAUCAUCAAGCUUGCCGACUUUGGUGUGGCCAGCCAGCUAAGCGACGAGGUGCAGCUGCGAUACUCAGUCGUUGGUACCCCAUACUGGAUGGCGCCCGAGGCCAUCCAGAUCGCCGGACAAUCAUCGUCCAGCGACAUCUGGUCCCUGGCCUGCACGCUCCUCGAGAUGCUCACGGGCAGUCCUCCCUACUUCAACCUGCAGCCCAUGAGCGCCAUGUUCAAGAUCGUGCAGGAUCCACAUCCUCCCUAUCCUCAGCCCCUGACCAAGGACAUGGAGGACUACCUCAACGUCUCAUUCGAGAAGGAUCCCAACAAGAGACCAACUGCGACUGAUCUCCUCAAGCAUCCAAUAUUCAAGAAGAUCAAUAAUCAAGUUCCAACAUUGUCUGAGCUACAAGAUACACUCAAGUCAUUGAAUGGCAAGGGCAAGUCGAGGAUGUCAAUCAAUUCGAUCGAUUGGAAUGGCACUGGAUCGCCCGGUAGCAAUGGCAAGGUGGCGUCGCGACUGGACGAAGAGUUUGGCAAGUUGCAGGCGACAAUAACUGAACAGGCACGGACUAUUGAGCAGCUCACAAAGGAUUUGGAGCAGACAAAGCGCGAAGCGACACAGGAGCGUCCAUUCAUGGACGAGCAGCAGUUCUACCGCGAGUUCUUCAUGGCGCUGGCACUGUCGGUCAAGGUCAACCAGUGCUACUUGGGCAAGAACUUUGAACAGGUAUCGCUGCAGGACCUCUAUGAGCUGGCUUGCCAGAAGGACAUCCCCUGGUACGGGCUAAUGGAAUGGAUUCCCAAGCAUAUUGUCAAGCCCGAGGAGCAUCAUCAACAUGGCAGCAAUAGCAGCGUUAGCAGCAGUGGUAGCACCAGCAGUAUCAGCAGUAACAAUGGCAGCAAAGGUACCAAGCGAUUUGGACUUUUCUAG